GAGGGCUCGGCGAUUGGUCCGCGCGGCGUUCGAGCUGGCCAAUCGGGACGCGGACACGGUGCUGCGGCGGCUACAAAAGGCGGCGGGGGCGGCGGCGUGAGGAGGGCGGCACAAGAUGGCGGAGGGCGACAACAACAGCGCCUACCAGCUGGCUGCGGAAACUGCUAGCUUGGAAGAGCAGUUGCAAGGAUGGGGAGAAGUGAUUUUGAUGACUGAUAAAAUUCUUCGCUGGGAGAGAGCCUGGUUUCCUCUUGCGCUGAUGAGUGUUGUUUCCUUUUCUUUCCUGAUGAUCUACUACUUGGAUCCAUCAGUUCUUUCAGGUGUCUCCUGUUUCGUUAUGUUCCUCUGUCUGGCUGAUUAUCUUGUUCCUGCUCUUGCACCUAGGAUCUUUGGCUCUAAUAAAUGGACUACAGAACAGCAGCAAAGAUUUCAUGAAAUUUGCAGCAACCUGGUCAAGUCUCGUCGCCGAAUUGUUGGCUGGUGGAAACGUCUCUUCACAAUAAAGGAAGAGAAGCCUAAAAUGUACUUCAUGACCAUGCUUUGUUCCCUUGCUGUGGUUGCCUGGAUUGGACAGCAGGUUCACAACCUCUUUCUGACUUAUCUCAUUGUGAGUUUCUUGCUCCUGUUUCCUGGACUAAACCAGCAUGGGAUCAUUACGAAGUAUGUUGGAAUGGCAAAAAGGGAGAUAAACAAGCUUCUCAAGCACAAGGAAAAGAAAAAUGAAUGAAGACUUGACUGCUGUUUGCAAGGUUUCCUUGGAAAGAGUUUUGAGAAUUAAUGUAUACAUAAGAUAAUAGAAGUAGUAUUGCUCACUGGCUUGCUUUUUUUUUUUUUAUUGGCUCCCUGAUGAAGUCAAAAUGUCACUAGCAGCUGCUCUGGGUUUCUCUCUUUUGCUGUCCAGGUUAAGGUUCUGCAGCCUGCAGCUAUCUCAUAGGAAGGAUCCAGGCCUUUGCCGUGCGGAGCUUUAGUCUUGUCAGCAAAUGAAGAGGCCCCUUACAAAAAUGCCCCAUCCCGAUUGUAGUGUGCGACAGUGUUCUCAUAACCUGUAGCUUCACUGGUUAAUGUCUUGUAGUUACAGCAAGUAUGAAAGUUCUGGAAACUUCUUCUUGGAAGCUUGUUACUACUGAGCCUUGUGGAAGGGGCACAAUUAGCUGGGUAGGAAUGAUCAUAGCUGAGGGGGUGUACCCAUAUCUCGGGCAGAAGGUGAGCAGUUGUCUGUUUGCUUUUCCGGCUGCAUAGACCAGAUCAUCUGCUAGAUUGGGGUCUGGAUAUAUAAAUUGUAGCUCUGUAGCUGUAGUGUAAACCUCAAUUUAUUGCACUGAGACUGUAGACAAUGAGGUAAGGUGCGUUACCUUAACAGCUGAUUGUUCUGAAACUGCUGUUGUCACAGAGCCAUGUAGCAUGUUUGGUCUUAUGAAUGUUGUCUGUACACCAUAUCACCCUGAAAUUCUUAAGUUUGUCUGUUGUAAAUAAGCCUGUCUGAGUUGUUCGUGCUUUUCUAUGACCUCCCUCCUUUUUUAAAAACUGAACUUUUUUUCUUUGAAAAGCUAAAACCUGUGUUAAUGCAUUUUAAAAGUUUACUGUUUUAAAAUGAACUCUUGGUGUAUUGUACCUGUUGAAUAGGCAAAUACAGAGUAAGAAGAAACUUC